AUGGAGUUUGAAGGUAGAAUGUGGACUCCUUUUAGCUGUCUUUGCCUAACUUUUCUCACUAAAGUGCUGGCUAUAUCAGACGACGCGGUACUUAUAGGAGGGAUGUAUAACGCUCAUCCGUCACAAGAACAGAGCGCAUUUCGCCAUGCUCUUUUCCAGAACAAUAUACACAGCAACACAUCCAUUCAGCCGCUUAACUUAAUGGCGCACAACGAAAACCUUGAUCAUUCAGACAGUUAUGUGCUGGCCGAUAAAUUUUGUACACUGAUUCGGCGUCAAGUAUAUUUAUUAGUAGGUGUUACAAGCAUGUCCUCGUUACCAUCCAUCAAGUCAUACAGCAAUACAUUUCACAUUCCAUAUAUUACACCAAGCCUUUCCGGAACAGAAAUGGGUACAAAAUCGUCAGACUAUUUGAUUUACAUGCGCCCGUCGCCAAUACCAGUGUUAGCUGGGCUUAUUAAGUACCACAAGUGGGAUAAAUUCAACUAUUUAUAUGAUGACACAGAAGACGUCCGCCACGGUAUGCAUUGUGUCUCUGGACGUACAGCUCCUCAAUAUUUUUUAUGUACACUACAAUUUGCCAGGUAUUCCUGGACGCACCCUACAACGUGUCAGAGAGUUUCUAGACAUAAGCUACAGCGUAUCGGGCAAAACGGGAAAAAAUACCACGAGGUGACAGUUGUUCCUGAACGUACACCACAGUAUGCCAGACGAUUCUGGACACACGCCACAGCGUUUCAGAUCAUGAUGUGUCUUGAUGUACAUAACAAUGCUUCAGGCGUUAUUGGUCGUAUGCCACAGCGUGGCAUGCGUUUCUGA